UUUGAGUACCGCCAGAUUUAUGAACUGUCUAAUGGUGGAGGGUGUAACAUCAUGAGCUCACAGUCUUCUCUGAAUGAUAUAUCAAAUGCUAUAAGACAAGAAAUUAUACGAUUCGAAAGUGUUCAUCCAAAUAUUUACGCUAUAUACGACCUCAUCGAUGCAGUUGAUGAUAAAAACUUAGCAGAAUCGUUGCGUCAGUUAGUUGUGUCAAUCGAAGACGCAUUUGUCAAUAGUCAGGAGUGGACACUAAGUAACGGUGUUCCAGGUAUAAAACUGGGCCUUCUUGGUUCUGUUCAAAGUGGGAAAUCUGCCUUGGUACACCGGUAUCUCACAGGAGCGUAUGUCCACGACGAGUCCCCAGAAGGUGGAAGAUUUAAAAAGGAACUGUCUUUGGACAAUCAAAGUCACUUGCUUUUAAUUCGAGACGAAGGUGGUCCGCCUGACAUUCAGUUCAGUCACUGGGUCGAUGGAGUUAUAUUUGUGUUUAGCCUAGAAAAUAUCGAAAGUUAUCAGGUAGUCUAUGACUACUAUGCACGUCUUUCAACUUACAGGAGUACUGCUAGUCUACCAAUAAUUCUUGUCGGGACUCAAGAUUCAAAUUGUGAACCAUAUGUACGCGUAAUAGAUGAUGCUCGUGCUCGGAAACUUGCAAAUGAUCUGAAGCGUUGUGCUUAUUAUGAAACAUGUGCUGCUUAUGGCCUAAAUGUUGAACGUGUUUUCCAAGAUGCAUGUCUAAAAAUACUUCAAUUGCGUGCUUCUAGUAAUUCACCUGUCCCAAGGCCUGUCACACCUCAACUUUCUUCGAAUUCUCAACAAAGACCGUGUGCUAAUAGUCCUGUUGACUGUGUACCAAUUGUUGGCAUAAGUCAAUCUCAACAGUCUUUGUUUUCGAAUGUAGUGAAUGCUCGUGAAGGUCCGCUCAUAAAAAAUCCUGGGAUUAACUGUAAUGUAACUAGUUCAGCUACAAGCGGUAUCGAUAGGAAAGAACGAUCGGCGUUUCCCAAUAAUCCUUCCAAUCGUCGUCCAGAUACUCACAGCAAUCCUGGAUUUGAACUUGAUUUCAAUGAAGAUUCUGGUUUACACCAAACUCUUGUACAUCCUACCAAACCUAAUGUACUUAGCAUUGCAAAGCACUCUUUAACAUUGGAUUUCCGACCAUCUGAGCGCGAUAAUUUCUUUGCUGAUGUCAAACCUAUUCGAGCUAAUAUUCCUACUACUGAUCCAGCCGAUGAUUGGGCUACUCAUCCAUUUCUACUUGACGAAAGACAUCAGCAUCCUUUAUUCCGUUGUCCAGAUUACUUACCAACUGAGUAUUCUGAAAGUAUAUUUCAGUCUCAUUCUCCUCAUGUCUACUCAGAAUAUAGCAACAAAAUUUCACAUCCACCUAGUACUUCGUCGGAAAAUGGCGUUUCUACACCACAACCACUUCCUAUACCUGCAGCUUCCACUGUCGGCUACUCUCCAUUUAUUGUCUCUGCAAACCUUCCAUCAGGUACUCUUGCUGCUGCCAGUAGUGUAUCUUCUAUUGGGCUAGGAGUUGAAGCACAAAAACGUAAUGAAGAUGAACGUGAAAGAGAGAAAAAAUUGAAUGGAAUAGGUAGUGGACGUGCAAUCCCAUUAAAACAGGGAUUUUUAUACAAACGAACCUGUAAACCAUUGAGUAAAGAAUGGAAAACUAAAAAGUAUGUAACUUUAACCGAUGAUGCUCGCCUUACUUAUCAUCCAAGUAUUCAUGAUUAUAUGGACAAUUCACAUGGUAAAGAAAUUGAUUUAAGUAGAACAACUGUGAAAAUUCCUGGUGUAGCAUUUCGUCAAGUUGGUAGUAGUCGUAUAACAAGUAAUGGACUGUUACGAAGUCAAUUAAAUGAUGCUGGUCAAGAUCGACGAUCAACUGGAGUAGAUGUGAAGAAUCCAACGGAAAAUUCCGCACCUCCUAAUGAUAAUUCAGUAUCAGGAGGUAAAGAUUCAUCAUCUGUGAAAAAACGUCAUCGACGUAUUAAAUCCAAUCCAAAGAGUAAUAAUGCUGAUGGUUCAGAUUCAGAAGGUUAUGAAUUCCAAUUAAUAUCAAUGGAUCGUCAAUGGCAUUUUGAAGCAGCUGGUCCAGAUGAACGAGAUGAAUGGGUUAUGCAUAUUGAACGUGCUAUUAUGACACGUCUUCAAUUGAAUGAAUCAUCUAAACGUACUCGUGCUAUUGCUGGUCAAUGUUGUACUACAGGAAGCAGUGGUGGUGGUUCUGGGGGCGGCGGCGGAGGUAACGGUUCCAACCACCUUUCCAAUGUGAGUGGCUUCGGUGGUGGUGGAUCAGGGGGGAAUGGUCGACAUGCUGGUGGUGGUGGUGCGACUGAUUCCAAUAGUUUGAAUGCAAGUCGUUGUGGUGCAGGUGAUGCAAAUGAAUUAGCUGUUACCGAACAUUUAAUUCAAAAUAUACGAUCUGCAGCUGGAAAUGAUUUUUGUGCUGAUUGUGGUGCACCAGAACCGGAUUGGGCAAGUCUUAAUUUAGGCGCAAUGGUUUGUAUCAGUUGCAGUGGUAUACAUCGACAACUUGGAACACAUAUUUCACGUAUACGUUCAUUGCAUUUAGAUGAAUGGUCUACUGAAUCUGUUGCUGUAAUGAGUGCUAUAGGCAAUACAUUAGCUAAUUCUGUUUGGGAAGCUGCUGUACCUUUGAAUGCUGGCAAUCGACGUAAACCUGACUCAUCAAGUUCACGUGAAGAAAAAGAAAUUUGGAUUCGUGCUAAAUAUGAACGUCAAGAAUUUCUGCCACCAUUGCCUUAUCCUGAUGCUCCAUUACAACAACAAUUAAUUGAUGCUAUAGCACGUCAAGAUACACGUCAAGUGAUACUUUGUUUAGCUUUAGCUACACCUGAAACUGUUAAUGCAGCUUAUUCACGUCAAGAUCCACGUGCAGCUAUUCACAUUGCUGCAACACUUGGAAAUUUAGUUUAUUUACAAUUACUUUUAUGGUACAAUGGUGAUCCAAGUGUCACAGAUCAUGAAGGCAGAAAUGCAUUCUAUUACGCGCAUUGUUCUCAAAAAUAUGAUUGUGCUGACUUUCUAUUACGCAAUGGUUGUCCAAAACAACUAGUACCACCACCUAUUCCUCCUCCUAGUAUUAGUAGUAGUAAUGUUGUAGCUCCAACACUUCGUUCUUCACAAAACUCUAUGCUACCACAACAACAAAUUGUUCAAUCACAUUCCAUCAUUCAUGGACCGUUAAUAUCAUCAACUGGGCUUUCUUCUUCAUCUGGUGUUACAGACAUAACUGUUGGCAGUAAUAAUAAUAAUAGUGUAAAUUCAGGUCUUUUACAACCUCAUCAUUUUUCACAUCUUCAACAACAUCAAUCCUCUACUGCUACUGCUGCUGUUGGUGCUGUUGUCGCCGCUUCCGGUGUAGGACAAUUACCUUCUUAUCAUCCUGUAACAGCAAAUCAACCAUUAUCACAAGCUACUGGAAAUAUGUAUACAGGAAAUGUGAAUCAUCAAGCUCUAGGAGCUACUCUUCCACGUCGACGUGCUCCUGUUGGUCCAUUCCCUUCGGGUGCAGCACCUCCAACUCCUCUUCAAUUAUUUCCACGACCAAAUAAUAUACAACAACAUGUCUCUGUUAAUAAUAAUAAUAAUACACAUCGACCUACCUCUUCAGUUAUUCAAUCAGUUACUCGUCCUAUAACACCGAAUGCUAUGCUACGUACUUCUUCAGUUAAUAGUAGUAGUAAUAAUAAUAAUAAUAGUAAUUCAUUACAACCACCGCAUACACGUUCCGCUUCAAAUACUAGUGGUGCUGCUGUAACAACAACAUCACAAUCGUAUAUUGUUUCAACUAGUCAAGAAGUUGGUCUAUAACAAACAACAAAUCAUCCUUCAUAUUAUUGCCCUGUCAUCAUCAUCACCAUCAUCAUCAUCUUCACAAUUGAUUGAUUUCUUUCUGUUGUUAUUGCAUUUAUUUCAGUGAAUAUAGACGCUUUUUUCUAAAAAAAAUGAUACUGAUACUGUAAACAUUUUGUCAAAAGUUUAUCCUCACUGAUUAACUCACUCCUCCUCCUGUCCAUAAGGGAAAAAAACAGAACAUUUUGUGCAAUAUAUAUAUACAUACAUAUAUACAUAUGAUCAUUUUGUAACAUUGUCUUCCAGUUUACUACAAUACAUUCUUACUCUUACAUAGUAAUAAUAACAUACACACAUA